AUGGACGGCCUCACGCACUUGGAGAUAUAUGGUAAUGAAUUUGCCUGUGCCUUCCGGAUGAUUGGCCCGUUUUGCCAGAGUAUGGACACCGGGCCAUCCACUCCAGCGGUAUCCAUUUCCAAAGAUGUCACAGAAAAUUCGCACCCAGGCCGACGUACCAAGGCCGCCACAAUAGAAGGACUACUUGGAAAUUCCAAUGAAGUUGUGCAGAACACAGCCAAGAAGGUCCAUGUUCUUGCCGGUAUCCGGUGGUUGAGCAGUCUGCACGUUCUGAUCUACCUUCCGUUGCGUGGCACCAUCGCCGUCAAAAAUCUCGCUGAACUAGCCGGCGUCCACGAGAAGGAACUCGUCCGGGUAGUGCGACUGACAGCUACAUGUGGUUUCCUGCAGGAAACAGAACCGGGAAAGGUCUCACACACCCUGCUGUCGAACCAGUUCAUCUCCCAAUGUCGUUUCAAAGACACUAGCAUAUUUCUCGCGGAGAGUGGAAUACCUCGUGCAUUGUGGAGGAGUCCGAUGGAGCGGGAUUCAACGAGGCCAUGUGAGGGUGAACACACCCUGAGCAAAGCCUGCCGCAUGGGCCCCGCGAUGUGGCGCCAAUGGGCCGCUUUCCUACAGUGCACGGAGCACUUUGAUCACAGGGUAACAGAGUUCCUGACCCGCCUAGACUGGACGAGCGUUGGCGACUGCUGCAUAGUCGAGAACGCCCGUGUGUUAUCAGACCUAUACCCCGCCCUGCAGAUCAUCGUACAAGUCGAAGCAAUAUCUUCAGAUCCAGGCCGGCCCCAAGCGCCACAAGCAGGUAUCGCAUCGUUCGAAACCUACAAUCCCCAGAUAACCAUUCAAAAUCGGCCGUUAGGCACACCUCAGCCCGUCACCGACGCAGCAGCCUACAUUCUGCAUCUCCCUCCCACUGCCUGUGGAUCUGCACGCUCAAUCGUAAUGAUGGAACUCCAUGCCUACUGUACCGUUCUCUCCCGCAACCGGGGCGGGAUGCUCAUCGCCACAGCCCGCAUGCUGCCCCCGCCGGGUACAGUCGAUCAGGAGAUCGAAGCUCUAGCGCGGACACGCGAUCUGACCUGUUGGCAGCUGGGGCUUGAUCGCGACCCCGAAGUCUCUGAGGUAGUGGAUCUGGUGGGUUCAGUUGGUGAUGCCCACGGCCGGCUAGUGGUGGUCGAUCAACCGCGUACGCGUGAUAAUGUACCUGUGGCGCUUGCUAUCAAGUAUCAGUCGUGGUCUGAUUUAGAUACCGUACUGGAGCCUAAGGUGUUCUGGAACUCAGUACAUCUGGCCUAUCCGUGA